AGAGUCGGAGGCAGGGUCAAAUAAGGAGAAAUGGCGACGGAGCUAGGCUGUGGGCCCAUCUUUGGAAAAAGAUCUGGGAACAAUUGUCUAGCCUCAAGGCUGAACUUACUUGGAGCUUGAGAGACUCAAAGCCUCAUGGACAGCUGCCCUGCAGAGAAGGUAUUUUGACCUUGGCAUUUGGACAUCUCCCAUCCCCCCCAUGGCCCUAACAAUGCUGAAUGGGCUCCUGAUUAAGGACUCAAGCCCACCGAUGCUGCUGCACCAGGUUACCAAGACUGCCCAGUUAGAUACCUUCAACUACCAGAGCUGCUUUAUGCAGAGUGUCUUUGACCAUUUCCCUGAAGUCUUAUUUAUCCACCGGACCUAUAACCCAAGGGGUAAGGUCUUAUAUACCUUCCUGGUGGACGGACCUCGGGUGCAGCUGGAGGGUCAUCUUGCCCGAGCAGUCUACUUUGCCAUCCCUGCUAAGGAGGACACUGAAGGCCUGGCCCAGAUAUUCCAGGUAUUCAAGAAGUUUAACCCAGCAUGGGAGAGAGUCUGUACCAUCCUGGUGGAUCCUCAUUUCCUUCCACUGCCUACUCUAGCCAUGGAGUUCCCUGCAGCUGAGGUCCUGCUCUCAGCCUUCCACAUUUGUAAGUUCCUCCAGGGCAAGUUCUAUCAGCUGUCCCUUGAACAGCCCGUGGAAAAGCUGCUCCUGACCUCCCUGCAGAGCACAAUGUGCUCAGCUACAGCAAGCAACCUGAGAAAGUUGUAUACACUCCUGAGCAACUGCAUCCCCCCAGCCAAGCUGCCUGAGCUCCACUCACACUGGCUGCUCAACGACCGUAUCUGGCUGGCUCACCGCUGGAGAAGCCGAGCCGAGAGCAGCCGCUACUUCCAGAGCCUCGAGGUCACCACCCGCAUCCUCAGCCAGUUCUUCGGCACGACCCCAUCUGAGAAACAAGGUAUGGCUUCUCUGUUCCAUUACAUGCAGCAGAACUCUGCAGACAAGGUGAACUUCAACCAGGGCCUGUGUGCCCAGAACAAUCAUACCCCUUCAGAUACCAUCCCUGAAAGCCCCAAAGUGGAGCAGCUGGUAGAAUCCCACAUCCAGCACUCCCUUAAUGCCAUCUGCACAGGGCCAGCAGCCCAGCUCUGCCUGGGUGAGCUUGCUGUGGUCCAGAAAUCCACACACCUUAUUGGUUCUGGCUCAGAAAAGAUGAACAUACAGAUCCUGGAAGACACCCACAAGGUACAGCCCCAGCCCCCUGCCAGCUGCAGCUGCUACUUUAACCAGGCCUUCCAUCUUCCCUGCCGCCACAUCCUAGCCAUGCUCAGUGCCCGUCACCAGGUGCUCCAGCCCGAAAUGCUGCCAGCUCAGUGGACGGCAGGCUGCGCCACCAGUCUAGACAGCAUCCUGGGCAGCAAGUGGAAUGAGACCUUGGAUAAGCACCUGGCAGUGACUCACCUCACUGAGGAGGUGGGUCAGCUGUUGCAGCACUGCAGCAAGGAGGAGUUUGAGCGGAGGUACAACACUCUGCGGGAACUGGCCGACAGCUGGAUUGGACCUUAUGAGCAGGUCCAACUCUGAUUAUUCUCAGCCCCCAGAGAUGCUCGUGCACCUGUGCACACUCACAUCUGCCCCUAUACACACAUACACACAUAGUUACACUGUUGUACUUCCGUGGUCCUUCCUUCCAGAAUAAGGACAAGGUUCAAGGGUCUUCUCAUCUACCAUGGCCUGCUACAUAGCAUGUGUCUAGCUCCAUGAGACAGGAGUCAGCAAAUCUUAUCUGUAAAGGGCCCAAUAGUAAAUAGUUUACUCUAUUGGCCACAUACAGUCUCUGAUGUAUAUUCUUGGUUUUAACAUUUUCAUAAGGUAAAACCAUGCUUAGCUCAAAGGUCUUACAAAAACUGGCAAGCUGGCUGGGCAUGGUGGCACAUGCCUGUAAUCCCAGCACUU